GAUAAUAAGCAACCAUGGAUAUGCAACUGCUAACCUUGUUGUGUGCAAGCAUUCUCACUUUCUUCAUUCUUAGAUUUUUAUACAACCAAACCCAAAAUCCUACCAAAAUUCCACCAGGCCCUCGCCCCUAUCCUAUCAUAGGAAACAUCUUAGAGCUUGGUAAGAAUCCACAUAUAGCACUCUCCAAACUCUCCAAAAUUUAUGGACCCAUCAUGACAUUGAAACUGGGUACCAUAACAACCAUAGUCAUCACUUCUCCAAAAUUAGCCAAACAAGUGUUGCAAGAGAAUAGCCAAAUCUUUUCUAGUAGAACAGUCCCUCAUUCAGCUCAAGUAUAUGACAAUCACAAAUUCUCAGUUGGGUGGCUUCCCCCAUCAGCUAAGUGGAGGAAUCUUAGAAAAGUUCUCGCUACAAAAGUAUUCUCCCCAGCAAUGCUUGACUCCACAAAAUUCCUUCGCCAAAAAAAAAUGAAGGAGUUGUUGGAUUUUUUAAAGGAGAAAAGCAUGAAAGGUGAGGCUCUAGAUCUUGGUGAGGCUGUUUUCUCAACUGUACUCAAUUCAAUUUCAAACACUUUCUUCUCGAUGGAUUUUUCUCACUCUACAUCUGAUGAAAAGGCUCGAGAUUUUAAGACCACUUUUUGGGGUGUCAUGAAAGAUGCUGGAAAGCCAAACAUUGCAGAUUAUUUUCCUAUUCUUCGUGGAAUUGACCCACAAGGUAUUUAUGCAAGGAUGGGCAGUUAUUUCGUGAAGUUAACAAGUAUUAUUGAUGGAAUUAUUGAAGAAAGAAUGUGUUCAAGAGCUUCAAAAGCUGAUUCCAAGGUUUCCAAUGAUAUACUAGAUUCACUUCUUAGUGAAAUUGAAGAAACAAAUUCUCAGCUAACCCGCAAAGAGAUAAUGCAUCUAUUUCUGAGUUUACUUGUUGCCGGGAUUGAUACAACAUCAAGCACUGUUGAAUGGGCGAUGGCAGAGCUACUACGUAACCCUGAUAAAUUAGCAAAAGCAAAAGAAGAGUUGUAUGAAGUAAUUGGCAAAGAUGCAACACUUGAAGAAUCACACAUCUCUAAGUUGCCUUACUUACAAGCAGUGGUGAAGGAAACUCUUCGCUUGCACCCACAAGCUCCAUUACUAUUACCCCGCAAGUGUGAUGAAGCGGUAAACAUAGCUGGCUUUCACGUGCCAAAAGAUGCUCAAGUAUGGGUCAAUGUCUGGGCCAUAGGGCGAGAUCCUACCAUUUGGAAAAAUCCAAAUAUGUUCGAGCCUGAAAGAUUUUUGGAGUGUGAGAUUAAUUUCAAGGGUAAUAAUUUUGAGCUAAUACCAUUUGGGGCAGGUAAAAGGAUAUGUCCUGGAUUGCCAUUAGCUCAGAGGUCAGUGCAAUUCAUAGUGGCCUCCCUUCUGCACAACUUUGAAUGGAAGCUAGCUGAUGGACUAACACCAGAAGGCAUGAAUAUGAUGGAGCAGUUCGGGUUAACCUUAACGAAGGUUGAACCUCUUCGUGUGCAAGCUAUUCCAGUGAAGCUCGGUUAAUUAUAUAUCAGAGCAAUGGUCCUGAGUUUAUGUUGAUUUAUAUACUUCUAUGGGUCGUGUAACUGACAUGUGUAAUUUGACAUUGAAUAUGUGAAACACUUGCAUGUGUCAUUUCUAAUAAAUAAUAAAGAAUGAGUUAUUUUCA